GACAGCUGGGGGGGGGGGGGGGCGGCGACUCUCGGGCGCUACAUUGUUGCGGUGUCGGUGUCGGUUCCCUUUCUGCAGCUGAUCGGAGGCUCUCGUGCAAUCGGGCAAAAUGAAAUGGAUGUUUAAGGAAGAUCACUCCUUAGAACACAGGUGUGUUGAAUCUGCCAAAAUUAGAGCUAAGUAUCCAGACAGAGUGCCGGUGAUAGUGGAAAAGGUAUCUGGCUCUCAAAUAGUGGAUAUAGAUAAAAGAAAAUACCUGGUGCCCUCUGACAUCACAGUGGCACAGUUCAUGUGGAUUAUCAGGAAACGGAUCCAGUUGCCAUCUGAGAAAGCCAUCUUCCUUUUUGUAGAUAAGACAGUCCCUCAGUCCAGCCUGACCAUGGGCCAACUGUACGAGAAGGAAAAAGAUGAAGAUGGAUUUUUGUACGUGGCUUAUAGUGGAGAAAACACAUUUGGCUUCUAAGUGUCUCUGUGGUUCAGUUCACAGCCGCAGUUAAUGCUCACCAAUGGAAAGCCUACUUGUACUGUAGAUACAUUAUCUUUUUGGAAUAUGAUCUUAUGCAGAACAUUAAUCACAUGAAUGCAUUUGUAACUUUUGUCUCGCAUAAUAUAUUGAGUUGAUUAUGUUAACAAACUAUUAAAUUAUAUAAACGGAUUAGUUUUUUUUCUUUGCUGUUCAGUAUUGUGAUGUGCCUGCUGUUUGGAAUUUUUAAUCAGUUGAACCGUAUUUAAGAAAUGAUGUGUAAAUAUUGAAUGAUAAAAUGGCUGGAACAACCUAAUCAAUAAAAAAAACAAUUCACA